AUGGGUGUUAUUCGCAAAAAGACGGUGAACAGGGGUGGUGAAGGCGGCGUCAAGUAUGUCUGCGAUGCUUGCUCCGUCGAUAUCACGUCAACGGUUCGCAUUCGAUGUGCAGAUUCGGCAUGCACGGAUUUCGAUCUUUGCGUCUCUUGCUUUGCCAAGGGCGAAUCGCGCAACGCGCACGACCCCGCUACACACGCUUUCCGCGUCAUUGAACAGAACUCGUUUCCAAUUUUCGACGAGGAAUGGGGCGCAGAUGAAGAAUUACUUUUAAUCGAAGGUGCCGAAAUAUACGGACUCGGAUCUUGGGCAGACAUCUCCGAUCACAUUGGCGGCUUCCGCAAAAAGGACGAAGUUCGCGACCACUAUCUCCAGACAUACGUCGAAUCUACGCGCUUUCCACUCCCGGAGCGUUGCAGCCCACACGACAACGAUCUGGCCAAGGAAAUCCCUCGAGAAGAAUUCCAGUCGCGCAAGAAGCGCAGGAUUGAAGAGCGCCGUGACGCUGCCAAGAAUGCGCCCGCCUUACAACCCAAGACCAAACCGACGGCCUCUGUGCCCAGUUGUCACGAAAUUCAAGGAUACAUGCCUGGUCGUCUAGAAUUCGAAACGGAACACGCCAACGAUGCCGAAGAGGCGGUUCAGCUUAUGCAGUUUGACCCUGGCGAUGGUCUCAAUCCCAAGACGGGAGAAUUGGAGCCGGAAAUGGAGCUCAAAUUAACGGUCAUGGAGGUAUACAAUUGCCGACUUACACAACGAGUGGAUCGCAAAAAAGUCAUCUUUGAACACAAUCUGCUCGAUUACAGAGAAAAUACAAAACUGGACAAGAAGAGGACCAAGGAGGAGAAAGAUUUGAUUCAAAAAGCCAAGCCUUUUGCGCGUAUGAUGAACCGCAAAGAUUUCGACGAUCUUUGCCAAGGACUAGUCGACGAGCAAAAUCUCAGGCAGGCCAUUACGCAGCUGCAGGAAUGGCGCAGUCUCAAAAUCGGUGAUCUGCGCAGUGGCGAGAAGUAUGAGGCGGAAAAGGCCUCGAGGAUACAAAAGUCCAUUCCCAUGGGUUCAAUGGACAGGGAACGUCUUGCCUCUACACAGCGCGGCAAGCAAACUGCGCCGCCUGAGCCUGCUAGCGGCGCUGCUCUGCUUGUUGCGCCUGAACUGCCCAGCCACAUCAACCAGAGCACUGCUGACGGCGAUAGCAAGGCGCUCGUUAAUGGACAAACCAAUGGUGUUGCUACCAAUGGCCACGCUGCACCGCCUCGGCCAAAAUAUAACCCUCAGCCGAUCUCUGGUGUCCAGUCGCUGCAUCUCACCCAAGACAAUGCGCCGGAUCUGCAUCUGCUCACGCCGGACGAGGCCAAACUCUGCGAGGUCAUCCGCCUGCAGCCCAAGCCAUACCUCAUGAUUAAAGAACAAAUUCUGAAAGAGGCUCUCAAGACGAACGGGUCGCUGAAAAAGAAACAGGCCAAGGAUAUUUGCCGGCUGGACUCGCAAAAGGGAGCCAGAAUAUUUGACUUUUUCGUCAACGCGGGUUGGGUUGGAAAGGCUUAA